CAAGAGGGCGUUACUCAAAACAGACAACGUCAAGAGUAAACGAAACUCAAUGAAAAGUGAUUAACUUCAAACACACCAAUUCAGCGCUAUAUGGAGCCUACGAAUUUACAGAAAGCUAUAGCUGUAGCUAGCAAAGCGUCACAGGAGGACCAAGCUGGAAAUUAUGAAGAGGCUAUUGAGUCUUACAAACAUGCUGUGAAGUAUUUUCUACAUGUAGUAAAACGUGAGCCACAGGGUAAAGAAGGCAAUCAGAAGAUCAGAGACAAAUGUAAGCAGUAUCUUGACAGAGUGGAAGAGCUCCAAGACUAUCUUGAUAAGAAAGAGAAAGCUAUAGACCUCGCCAGUAAGGCAGCUCAGGAGGAUAAGGCCGAAAACUUUGAAGAGGCCUUGCGUCUAUACCAGCAUGCCGUUCAGUACUUUUUGCAUGUUGUGAAAUAUGAAGCACAGGGUGAAAAGGCCAAACAAAGCAUCAGGGCCAAAUGCGCGGAGUAUUUGGACCGGGCAGAGAAAUUAAAAGAGUAUUUGAAGAAAAAAGAAAAGGCCCCAUCGAAGCCAGUAAAGGAAUCCCAGUCCAGUGAUAAAGCAAAUGAGAGUGAUGAAGAAGGAGACCCAGAGAAAAAGAAAUUUCAGAACCAACUCUCAGGAGCCAUUGUCAUGGAGAAACCCAAUAUUAAAUGGAAUGAUGUUGCUGGGUUAGAGGGAGCCAAAGAGGCUUUAAAAGAAGCCGUCAUUCUGCCAAUCAAAUUCCCACAUCUCUUCACUGGUAAAAGAACUCCCUGGAGGGGCAUUCUUCUCUUCGGACCUCCAGGCACAGGCAAAUCUUACCUGGCCAAAGCUGUAGCGACUGAAGCCAACAAUUCCACAUUCUUCUCUAUUUCAUCCUCAGACCUGGUUUCUAAGUGGCUUGGAGAGAGUGAAAAGCUGGUGAAGAAUUUGUUUAGUUUGGCUCGAGAGCACAAGCCCUCGAUUAUCUUCAUUGAUGAGAUCGAUUCGCUCUGUGGCUCCAGGAGCGAGAAUGAAAGUGAAGCAGCUCGAAGAAUUAAAACAGAGUUUCUAGUUCAGAUGCAAGGUGUUGGUAAUGACAAUGAAGGGAUCCUGGUGUUGGGCGCAACUAACAUCCCCUGGACGUUGGACUCUGCUAUCAGAAGAAGGUUUGAAAAACGUAUCUACAUCCCCCUGCCAGAAGACCACGCUCGUGGAUUUAUGUUUAAGCUGAACCUGGGCACCACACCUAACAGUCUUACAGAAUCAGACUUCAUGACAUUGGGCAAAAAGACAGAUGGUUACUCUGGUGCUGACAUCAGCGUUAUAGUCAGAGAUGCUCUCAUGCAGCCUGUCAGGAAGGUCCAGUCCGCCACUCACUUUAAACGGGUACGAGGACCGUCAAGGCAUGACCCAAACGUUAUAAUUGAUGAUCUCCUUACCCCUUGUUCUCCGGGCGACCCACAGGCCAUAGAGAUGACAUGGAUGGAGGUUCCAGGAGAGAAGCUUUUGGAGCCAAUUGUUUCUAUGUCGGACAUGCUGAGGUCCCUUGCCAACACAAAGCCCACCGUUAACGAACAGGAUCUGGAAAAGCUGAAAAAGUUCACCGAGGACUUUGGACAGGAGGGUUGAACCUAGCUGGUCUCUUCUGAAGCCAAAGAAACUUGUAACAUCACCUUCUCAUGGCCCUUUCUUCCUUUCAAACAAAUACUCUUCCUCUGACCAAUGAGUCCCACUGCUCGGGCUCAAGGAUAGAUGUAACCUGAAAUGUGUAUCACUUAAAAUCUCUUUAAACCAUCUUCUAAACUGAAUUAUUUCAUUCUAUCGUCAUUUGUUAAUAGCUGCUCUGCCUCUGAGGCUACAUCAGUACCUGCUGAGGCUUGUGACCAUCAUACAUCUUAAAUUAAUCAGUCUGGCGAGAUCAGUCAUAAUCUGUGCUCGAUGUUAUGUAAAUCAUUUGGUCAUUUUAAAGAGUUUCCUUUUGCAGUGUCGAAGCAUUGAAGAAAUUACUUGUUUACUGAGUUACAAAUAUUUGAAUGGACACAGUAGUUACAUACAAAAAAUAUGUUUGAUGAUUAUCUAUGGGCUUAUUUUGGUAGGGAAAAAUAUAUGAAUGACUCCAGAGAAGACCCUUUUUUAUAGGUGGAUGUACCCACUGUGUUCACAUGUGUAAUAUAAACUGUCAUUUUACAUAACUGUAUAUACAGGCUGCUUCUCAUUUGAGAACAUCAUGCUUUGAACAUAUGUAAUGGCGUUUGAUACAACACUUCCCUAAAUACUUUAGAGAUCCCUAGAAUGUGGAGAUAUAGCCAGGGUCCCUAUAAAAACAACGACUCUAGGAAUACUACAUAUAUGUUUUUGUUUCUACAGCAUUACUUUGUUGAUUGCUGUAACAUUCCUUCACUCAGAAGUGUGAGUUACAUUACGUGUUCAGGAGCCAAUGUUUGGCAUUUACUUCUUUGUUGUCAAUUCACUUGCUGAAGCUCAGCACACAAUGUGCCUUCUUUGCAUUUUCCUAAUUUUUGUCUGUCUGGUCCUCUUCCUGUAGUUUCAUACACAGAGAUGCUUGCAUACCUACGCUUUGAUUUGCUACAUUUUUUAUAAGCAGAUUGUUUGGGAAUGAUUGGAUCAUAUUUGCACAUUUCAUUUAAAACUUUACAUCUAUCUAUAUCAAACUGUAUGCUCCUAUGCACUUAGGGUGUUUGGUUUGCCAUUUAAAAACCUAUAAGACAUUGUACUAUUAGAAUAAUAAAAAUGUAGGUGUUUGUUUUGUUUAAACACAGUUUCCAGUUGAGAAAAAUUUGGUUUAGCUUGUUUGUUUUAUUCUUUACAUGUAAAUAAAAGUUGAAAUUAAAAAGAA